AUGACUGCAAUGGUUCGAGAAGACCCAAAAAUCGACAAUAAAGAUGUAGUUAUUGAUAUUAUAACCAGAAAUUAUGUUGAUCAAAACAACAAUAACAUCAAUAUCACAUGCUAUCACCUUGCAUCUGUACAAUAUUUAACAAAUGUAACUACCUCUGCACAAAAAGAUUCUGUGUU